UGACGGAAGACGUAACGGCCCAGGGCUUGCGUCACACCCUGAUGGUGCACAAGGCUCAAGCUAAAGACUUUGGACCCGUACAACUGUUCCGUCCAGAAUGCCUAUGGGUCUGACGUCUUCGAAAUUAUCCUCAAUAAGAAAAAAACCCUGCCUCUGCUCUUCAUAUUCUGCGGAGUGACUGGAGGAAUUGUGUUCCUCCUGGUGGCGGCGGUGGUGGUCAUCAUGUGUGCCAAACGGUCCGCAGCUAAACAGAAAGACGCCAAGACCGGAGGAGGAUUACCAGAGAAAACCGUUGCGCUACAAAUGACUGACCAGAAUUCCACAGCAAACGAAUCUGAUCUCAAGGUGGAGUUGGACCAGCGCACAGGGUCUUCCAUGAGUAAUAAAGACGCUGACCUGGAUGGAUGGGGCGGAGGAGAGAAGGAGAGCGAGCAGCCUGCCACCCCGACCUACCUCACCUCCACUAACUCCUACCUCUACCCCGAGACCUUCACCGGCAUUCCUCUCAAAAUUAACGGCCACCUCAACAGCAACGGUGGUGGUCUUUCCUACGGCAACUACGCCGACCACUCCACUGUGGCCGCAACCACUCAGCAGCAGAACCAGCAGCAGCAACAGCAGCAGCAGCAACAGCAGCAACAGCACAACAGCAGCAGCAGCAGCAGCAGCAACAGCAGCAGCAAAAGCAGCCUUCUUCUCCCUCUAGUGGUUAUCUCCUGAGCGGCAACAACAUCGCUCCAGGCGGCGGUGUGGGUGUGGGGGCGGGAAGCUUCACCCACACGCCGCCAGGCCUCGUCACUACCAGCCAGCACUCUCUCUAUCCCGGCUACAGCGAGUAUGACGCGGGGAGAGACGCUCCUGACGGCGUGCACGGCUUCUCCCCAGGGUAUAACAACGGCUUCACCAACCACAGCUUCAAGGCAUCUUCCGGCACUCUUCCUCUCUCUCUCCAUGUCAACUCCAGAGGGAACGGAGGUGUCACCGCCAAUACCACCGCCACCAUUCCUAGACUCGGCAUCCCCGUCGACCACAGCCAGUAUAUAGUGCCCCCGAGAACCCAGGUGUUGCAGGGGGCCCUUGCCACACACGUCUGAUCCAAGCCUCGGCCAGGCCAAGUUACACGUUGUUAUUACUGAUAACAUUAGAGCGCAUGAUGCGGAUCCACCAAAAACAGAGGCGUGAAAUGAUGCAGUGCGGAUGCUUCUGCCGUAGUGAGUGUCCCGGCGGCGUCAUGAUGCUGUGUACAUAUCUAGGGUCCAAUACAGGCUUGGUCUACUCCUGUUGUGUGAGCAAGACUCGUGCCGGGCCAGGAAGGGGGAGAUGCUGAGCCAUACUCUCUCGGCCACUGUUAAGUGGGAGGGACACUACCGAGGGCAGCAACACACCGAUUGCAAGACUGCGGCAAGACGGACAUUAGAGAAGCGUUCCUACUGUGGUGCAAUAGUCGUAAGAUUAAGUCGAUGUGUAAAAAAAGUGUGAGAUUUUUUUUUCUAGACACUUAACGAGAGUGCUGUUCUCUGUUCUCCAUAAAGUUUGAACGUUUAAAGAAGAAAAACUCGUCAGAGUAGAAAGUGAUAUUUUCCAUGUAUAGAAAAAUAUUCUACACACACACAUCCACAUGCGCGUACACACACACACACACACACACACACACACACACACACACACACACACACACACACACACACACACACACACACACACACACACUCAAGAGCCAGGCAACUUACAUUUUAUUAAUAUAUUGCUGGGAAUAUAUAUAUCUUAAAUCCAGGCGACCCCCUAAUCCAAUGUACCGUAGAGCUUGUAGUGGCCGAGGUGGUUCAAAUCGCUGCCCACGCCCCGUCCCUCCCCGGCCGGUGGAGCGGGAAUCAGAGCAGGCAAUUGGCUACGAUACAUGGAGAGUUGAACCUUGGGAGUGGGUCUUGAAGCAGGCCAGUGACAAAGUGAAGUCAAGUUAUACAUGGCUUGCAACUUUGAUCUUGGGGUGACUAAAGCACUGCCGCAAGGCGAGGCUUUAGUGACGCAAAGCCGAGCGGAGCUUUCUUUUGCUUCGCGACGCAUCGUCUUUCCAUUUCUCCACUGAAGCAGUAUUGGUUCCGUCGUAAUUCGAUUCUCAGGGAAGGAAAAACUCACUACAAAUUUGGGAGAGGGUAAAGGUGUGCACAAGGUCCAUGAAGUGUACAGAUUAAGAAUGGGGAUUAAUCUCAGUAAGCAAGCAACUUUUUAUUGAUUUCAAUUUGGUCUAAAGGGGGAUUUUUGAAGUUUAUAAAGGUAUUAUAGUCCUCUCCCUUGCCCAGACCCCUUAAAAGGAGCUCCUGACUCCGCAACCGCUCGCUUCACGUCUUGUUGUUGUUGUUGUUGCUGUUGUUGUUACAGUAUUUUGUGAAACGUAAACGUGAAUGAAAACAAAUAGGUUCCUUCAAUUUUAAGUACUGAGGAGCAAGUCAUUUAUUUAGUGGGUAUGACGUGGCCCUGGACCUGCCUCCACGCCGGGACGAGGGACACACACACACACACACACACACACACACACACACACACACACACACACACACACACACACACACACACACACACUCGUGCUUGUGGCUCAGCAGGGACAGAGGCACGGGAAGUCGCGUGUCACUGGAGCAGCUUUGUAUACACGCGGUUACUCUACAGGGAGCUUUUGGCUGGCAUUACAAAGAAGCUGCAUCACACACGAGUUCAGUACCAAUAACUAGGCCACAAUUAAUAUAAUUAAUUGAACAGAAGCACCAUGACUUUAAUCCCUAAUGUGGAUAUAUAUUAUGUCCGUCAGUGUUUGUUAUCUGUGGAUUUACCAACCCAGAGAUUAGGAGCACACCAAACAACGAAAUUAUCCUACAUAUGCCACAAAGGAAAGCAAUUGAGUUACGAGUAGAGUGAGUGUUCCUUCUGGGGCGAGAGGACACACUCUGUCCAGAAAGGAUCUCGUAAUACAUUCGUAAUACCUCAGUGUCAAUUAAUAAUCUUCCUCUUUUAUGUGUGGUUACUAGAAAUAUGGCAUGUACACACCAAGUAACCAGAACAUCAUAAUAUGUAUCAAGUAUUUCGCAAUACUAUUGUAUUGUGUAGGAAGAUUUCCUCCCAUAACAGCAUUUUUCUCAGAGCGGCAGAGCUGGCGAAGGCCUCACCACCACCUCCAGUCCUCGCGGCACUCGGCCCUCACUGCCCUCUUCCUCCCCGUCCCUGACCUCUACAUCCCCAGUCUUCCUGAUUGUUUGUUACCAUUUAGACCAUCAGAGCGUCGCUGUGUGCAGGUUUGUUGACUCCAGAUAAUCAUGGUGCGCUCAGGGUGGAGGAGUGGAAUAUUGAGCCCCGCUGCCACACGGCCAGACCUGGCGGGGCUUGGCGACACGCUUCUUUGCCGAAAGGGGCACGCCAGCGCAUUACUAACAUUAUAACACAUACAUGAUCUCUCUC